AUGUGCUACCUUGACAAACAUGUGAAAGAAGAUUUAACGACCGUUUUUACAGCUGGAUGUAGAUCUAAACAGGUAUGUCAUCUCAUAUCAGGUGUAGCCGGUAAAAGAGAUUCACUGGUAUCUUGUGCACAGUGCUGUAAUGCUGCAACAAAAAUACCAUGUAACGGAUACUUGUGUAACCAAAUGCCUGGUGGAUCAAGUGUUAAAAACGAGUGUGGACAGUGUGACAGAGUGGAAUACCCUACACUUUGCCAGACUUUUUCAGCAUGUCGACCUGAUGAGGUGUGUCAACUAAAAGAAUUUUUCUAUCGAAACCAAGUAUAUUUUCAACUUCGAUGUAGACAGACAUCUUUAUGUGAUGCUGACUUAAAAGCAUACAAAGCUAGCCACAAUCCUGCUGUUGGUAAAAGAGCAGCAGUACAAGUGUGUUCAGCAUGCUGUGAAGGAAAUCGAUGCAACCAAGGAGGAUGUCAGGUGCUAGUUAAAAAUCAAACAUGUUAUGACAAGGCCAUCUGUGGAUAA